AUGCUACUUUACAUUCUUAGGCACCAGAAUCCAAACAUAAAGAUGGGCUUCGAUUUCACGCAUGAUAUGAUUGCAAGAAGAGGCACACAUGCCGGUGAUGGCACCGAUAGGCACAAGCAUUUAUAUAAUACUAAUGCGAGUCAAGAGAUUGUGGAGAAUAGCAGUGAAACACAUGGAGGAGAAGGUCUGUCUGGAAAAAUUGAUAACUCUUUUGCAAAACAAUUGGAGCGAACAAAUAAUAUCACUGCCAAAGAUUGGUCUGAAUAUUCCUCAGCGCCUGACACUUACUUUUCGCCAAUUCGUCAUCACUUUAUUCCCAACAAUCAAAUUCAAAGCACUGAUGAAACCAAUUCUAAUUAUAUGAACAAACAAUUUCAUCAAAUCAAUCAAUUUGUCCAUAUGAUAGACAUUGUAGAAGAGGACAGUGAUAUCCCAAAGUUAUUAAUCAAAGUGGGAAGCAAUGAGAGCGAUGCAAAUGUAACAUAUUUUCUAAACACCACUUCUUACGAUCACUUGGAUUUGAAUCGUAAAUUUAAACUCAAUGCAACUUCUGGUGAACUCUAUUUAAUAACACCACUUGAUAGAGAUGCUCCCUUCGGUAGAUCCAAAUGGCGCUUCUCUAUUCUGGCCAAACACAGCCAUUCAGCCCAACCUUUCGGUUACGCCGAUGUCGUCAUCAAUGUUCUCGACAUCAAUGAUAACACGCCUUUCUUUCACAACAAUCCAUAUCACGCAUCCAUUUAUGAAAACUCUCCAAAAGUCAGUAUUUCUGAGCUGGAUGUUAUUGUAACUCAAGUGACGGCUACUGAUUAUGAUAGUGUUGUUAAUGGAAACAACAAAAUUCGUUAUUUAAUUGACGGACAUUUUUUAACGGCCGACGGAAAUGUUAUAUUUGCUGUGGACUCGCGUACGGGUGUUAUAAGUGCUUCGAUGUGUUGUUUGGAUAGAGAAGAUGUCUCGCAAUAUGCACUACAAAUAGCUGCCGUUGACAGCGGGGGGUUGAAGACCAGCACUACUACUUAA